AUGGAAAACCUUGACGAGCUACCAUUUUUUAGCCAGCAUAAAAUAGCAAAGGCUACCAAUAACUUCAGCAGUGAUUAUAAGAUUGGAGAAGGUGGCUUUGGUCCAGUUUACAAGGGUGUGUUGGAAGACGGACAAGUAAUAGCUGUAAAGCGGCUAUCAGAAACAUCCGAACAAGGGCUUGACGAGUUCAGGAACGAAGUCAUUUGUAUUGCCAAACUACAACAUCGGAAUCUUGUGAAGCUCCUUGGAUAUUGCAUUCAUGGAAAUGAAAAGAUUUUGAUUUAUGAAUAUAUGGAUAAUAAAAGCUUGGACUCCUACUUAUCUGAUGAAACCAGAAGUUCAAUGCUUGACUGGCGUCAGCGCUUUGGCAUUAUCCAUGGUAUUGCUCGAGGUAUUCUUUAUCUACAUCAGGAUUCUUGCCUUCAAAUCAUCCAUAGAGAUAUCAAGGCAGGCAAUGUCUUGUUAGACGGUGAAAUGAAUCCAAAAAUAUCUGAUUUUGGGCUUGCUUGA